UGAGGUGAGUCUGCCGCCGCCGGCGGCGAGACGAUGACGCAGUACACAGCGGUACCGGGACGGCCGCACAGUUCGCCGGGCUCUCCGGAACGGUCGAGUCGAGUCUCAGCAGUAGCGGCCGCAGUAGGGCAUCCACAGUUGGUUGGAGUACACCAAGGUGGUGUCUUAGGGCCUGCGGUGUUUGGAUUGACGCCGGAGUGAGAUAAUACGCCUGAGCGGCAGAGUCCGGUUGUGACGAGCGGAGGCAAGGUCAAACGAUUCGCGUCGGACAAUAACGCUAUACCCAAGGCCGAGCGGUAGAGGGCAGGGUGUUAAGAGGAAGUCGCAGAGCUGGUGGAGGUCUUCACUGUCUGAUCGUCAAGCUCUCUGCACUGAUCCAGGUCGCCAUGUCAGUGCAGGUGGUGAUGCAUCAGAGAAGCCCCCUGAUCCCGCUGGUGUUCGUGAUGCUGUCCCUGAUGUCAUACGUCCACUGCAGACCACAGUCCUCGGAUAGUCAUCCUGGAGGCUACCACAGCACGCUGUUACAGUAUCUCUCCGGCAUUCAGCAAGAGUUACCGCCCGAGCGUCGGCCCAGCCCGCAGCAGCAGCAGGAGCUGGCACAGUUCCUGCUGAACCAGCAGGAGGAACAGCGACAGCAAAAUCUCAGACCGGAGCAGAACCGUGGUGGAAACCAGCAGAUACAGCGGCAACAGCAACCUUUCAGACAACAACAGCAGUUCCAGCAGCAGCAGCCCUUCCGGCAGCAGCAGUUUCAGCAGCAACAGCCCUUUCAGCAGCAGCAGUUCCAGCAGCCUUUCCAGCAGCAGGGACGGCAGCAGCAGAGUCUGAGGCCAGCUCCCGUGAUUCCCGUUCGGGGACGACCUGCUCAGUUCAGACGCAGACCGGGUGGAGCCAUCAUUUUCCCCGGUCCGGCCUCAUGAGUUCGGGAUGAAGCCUGGGUUGGAGUCGGGGAAAGGUUGAGGGUUCCCGAGUUUGAGUCAAAGCAUCCCGAGUUGGGAUCGGAGUAAGGCAGAGUGAAAUGGUUUCUGGCGGAGUCUAGCAUUGAGCCCGACGAAGUCCAUGAUUUAGUCGACGGAGUAGAGAACGAAGUCUGCGGGAACCCGAAAAGAAACCCGACGUAGUCAGGAACGAGGUAUGCUCGAGUCUUGGGCGGUGCCUGACAAAGUCUAUAACAGUGGCAGAAUGUGUCUUAGGCCAGUUGAGAGUUGCUGGGGCAUGCACCGGUGGAAGGAGGUCGCUAGAAUUGGUGUGAGCUGUCUGGAUUCCAAAGCACUGGAUUUGUUUGUAUGUCAAUGAUGCGGUCUUAUGUUACGAAUGUUUUCUUUUUCAGUUGACUUCAUGUCAACAUGUGUUCGGUCGGACUUACCCCCAACCCUUCCGUACCUCCUCAGUGCGUAAGUGUUCAUGUGCUGAUCCAUCAUGAUCUUCUCAAAUAAAUGAACUUCCAUGUGAAGAAUGUGUACUAAGUCAUGAUUUUUUUCUCACAAAUACAUUGUUGGCUUCAUAAAG